UGGGUUUGCACAACCACGCGGUCCCGCUCGUAGGACAGGUCACAGCUGAGCCGAUGAGAUCAUGGAGCCUGAGGUCGGACGGGAUACGGCCAACAGGACUGCUCGGUGAUGGAGAGCUUCCUGUCCGAAUUCACGAUGUCCUACAGUAUAGCUGAAAAUACAAGACAUCCUGCCAAUGUUUCUAGGAGCCCCACUGCCAACAGUCUCCACUUCUUUCUUCGAAGAAGACUAAAUACAGCUCAGUCUCCACACAGUCGGAUAUGGACAAGUGAAAAGUUUUGGCCAUUAAGUGCUCUUCAUUAUUCCUGUUGCUUGUUCUUAUUCCAUCAACUAUUUCCUUCCAGAUUUUAUAUUUUACAAUAAAAUUAUGCCUUUAAACAUAAGAGCCAAGCCCUCACACAGCAAGCUGACUGCUGCUGCAAAGAGUAGUGGGCACAAUGAUGGCAGCACAUCUCAAUCACGCUUUCAGAGGUCUGCGAAACAGGGAAAAGGCAAACAGGCAGUCACAUCAGGUCCUGGGUACCGCUCAGGACUUGAGCCUGGCUCUGUGUCAAGCGGUGGGCCUCCACCGGCAGCUAAACUGACCGGGGCACAAGGUUCAGCUUCAAAGCCGGGUUCAAGAAUCAAAAUCAGUACAUCAGCAGCAGAAAAAGGCUCAGCUCGUGGUUCAGCAACAGCUCCGGGGGGUAAAACCCUGUCCAUGGAGAAUAUCCAGUCCCUAAGUGCUGCAUAUGCCACUUCUGGAACCAUGUAUCCCAGUGAGCGGGAGUCCUUGGAACCUUCCGGCGGGUACCCAAAAGGCACCAUGACGUUAGGCCGGAGUACCAAACGCUUAUCUUACAGCAGUCGCACAAUAGGUAGUGGAAGCACCCCAAACAUCACAGCCUCUGGUAUGCAUCACAUAUCAGACUCAUGUGGAGACCAAACUGUAGUUUGUACAGGAACUUCCAGUUUACGCCGGCAGUCAGGAAGAUGCACCCAAACAGUGGAUUCAGCUGAUCGGGGAGAGGCUUCCACUUACGAUCUCCAGGCUAUGCUGAGGGAUCUGCAGAGGGAGAAUGAAAGUCUCCGGAGAGAAUUGGACGGCGGAAGGGAUGGAAAGACAGGCUAUGGCACGAAUAGUGUUAAUUUCUGGAGCCCGGAUGUUAAGAGAGACAAGGGGAGUAGGCGUGAGGAGGGAGUAAGGACGCCAGCUCUGAGGGAGCCAUGCAGGGUGAACCAAGAAGAUAUACUGCUGGGAGAUAUGAGAAGAAACAAGCAGCUUCCCUUGACAGUGCAGGAGCUACAGGAGGAGCUGAGAGCUCACAGAGAAACAAACAGUCGUCUGCGGCAACAACAGCAGCAGGGCAACUGCUACCGAGAACACCAUAUGGACCAGGAGUUCAGAGGGGAGAUCAGCCCUGGACACAGUCCCAGACAAAGUCCUGUAAACCUGCACAGUCCCAGAGCAAAGAACAGUCCCAAAGCCAGCCCGUCUAACACCUACAAUCCAAGGCAACAAGAGGCUGACAUCAUCAUUCACAGUCCUGGCUAUGGGUGUAACACAUUGACAGCCACACAGAGACUUAGCCCAGCCAACACCCUUCAGCCUGGCCAGAGGUAUAGUCCAAACCAAUCUCUCUACAGCCCCAGUCAAGGCCCAGGAGUAGUGCCCAGCUCUAGCCCCUGUCGUCCCUGUAGCCCCUGUCAGGUGCCCGGGUGUGAUGGCUUUUCCUCACCUCCUCCUCAGGAUUCAACAGAGGAAAACUUCUUCCGACUGCAGUCAGAACAUGAGCGUCAAGCCAGCGAGCUGUCUCUGCUGCGGAAGACUAUGGAGGAGAUGGAGAUGAGGAUCAACUCUCAGAAGCAGACACUGGGGGCACGAGAUGAGAGUAUUCAUAGGCUGCUGGAGAUGCUUCAGGGUCAAGGACAUGGAGAACGGGCACAUCGGACAGGCAUAAUUGCCAUGGCAGCGAAGGAGGCUGAUGCCCACUUGGAGAGCAUGCAUUUGAGAGAGAACACAAACCCAUCGUUCUGUUUUGAUCCUGAUGUUAUCUGGCAGGACACCAAGAUUUCUUCCCUGGAAAGAAACAUCAGAGACUUAGAGGAUGACGUCCAAAUGCUAAAAACCAAUGGCCUGUUGCACCCUGAUGACAGGCACGAUGAACUCAAGCAGGUGGAAGUCUACAAGAGCCACUCUAAAUUUAUGAAAACUAAGGAGCAGGCAUUGUCCCCACGUGUGUCUUCCAUCAGACCAGCUCCCACCUUCUUCAUGCCCACCCAACUGCCUUGGAUCACAGAACAAGAAGAAAUAGAGCAGAUGAAACAGGAGCUGAGCAGAAAGGAGUCGGACAUGCAGGCUCUGCAAACCAAGCUAGAAACGUUGACCAACCAGAACUCGGACUACAAGCAACACAUCGAGGUCCUUAAAGAGUCGCUCAGUGCCAAAGAGCAGCGCGCAAACACUCUGCAGACAGAGGUGGAUGCUCUGCGAGUGCGCCUCGAGGAGAAGGAACAGAUCCUGACUAAAAAGUCAAAGCAACUGCAGGACUUAAGUGAUGAAAAGAGCACACUGACGGGAGAAAUCAGAGAUAUGAAGGACAUGCUGGAUGUCAAGGAGAGAAAAGUGAAUAUCCUACAGAAGAAGAUUGAGAACCUGAUGGAGCAGUUAAAGGAUAAGGACAAACAGCUGGUUGGAUUGAGAGAAAGGGUUCAGGGCCUUCAAACUGACUCGAGUAACACAGACACAGCCCUGGCUACCCUGGAGGAGGCUUUAUCAGAAAAGGAGCGGGUGAUUGAGAACCUCCGGGACCAAAAGGAACGAGAAGACAGGGUGAGGCUUGAAGAGAUGGAGCAGAUGAGGAAGGAGAACCAGGAAUUGAAAGAAAAACUUGCAGCCCUGCAACCCCCAAAACUGUCACAGAGCCAAGUCACUAACUCCAGCUUAAUCCAGAAUCAGAAGCCUGAUGCAGAGGCCCAACCCAAAGUGGAUGGGCUGCCACCAAUGUGCCCUAAGAACCAAAACCCAGAAGAAACUGUCAGAAUCUGUCCAGACAUCGCAGAUCGUCUGAGACUUCUCGAGCAGGAAGUGGUCCGCUACAGAGAAGAGUCUGGGAACUCCCAGGCUGAGGUGGAGAGGCUAAAGGGAGCACUAAAGGAAGCUGAAGUGGACAAAUCUUUCAAGGAGAAGAAAAUUACUGAUCUUGAGAGACCUGGGCAAAUCAAGUCUCCAAAUAUCCAGAAGCAGAUGGUGCCUGGUGAGAUCCGGAAAGAGGCCUUGGCAGAUGGACAUCCACAUUCUUUAUCACAGCUUUGCACUUCCCAGGAUGCUAUGCGUGAGACAGCAGAGCGGAUAAUGGAGCUGGAAAAGGCUCUAAGGGAGACCAUGAACACCUCUGCACAUAGGGAGGCUCUCUGGACGCAAGAAGAGGCUGCUCGUGUUCAGGCCCAGAAACAGCUUGAGGAGCUGAUGGGGGCUUUAGAGAAGACACGCCAGGAGCUGGAUGCCACCAAAGUCCGUCUUUCUUCCACUCAGAAGUGCCUACAUGAACGAGAUGGACACCUCAGCCACCUGCGGCAGGAGAGACGCAAACAGCUGGAGGAGAUUCUAGAGAUGAAGCAGCAAGCUUUGCUGGCAGCCAUCAGUGAGAAGGAUGCUAACAUUGCCCUGCUGGAGUUAUCCGCUUCCAAACGAAAGAAAGCCCAAGAUGAGGUGAUGGCUCUGAAGAGGGAAAAGGACAGGCUUAUGCACCAGCUCAAACAGCAGACUCAGAGCAGAAUGAAGUUAAUAUCUGAUAAUUAUGAGGAAGACUACAUCCACCCCCAACAUCAUCCUCAUCAUUUGCACCACAUGCAUCCAGCAAAUUUGCAUCACCGGAGUCUGCCGAGAGGGGACCCCCAUGCCAACCACAGACCUCCGAUGGAUCAGGAUGAUGAAGAGGGAAUAUGGGCCUGAUGAACCCUAUUCAUUGGAACUGGCAUCUCUUGGGUUUCUGUACAAGCUGUUGAAACCUCAGGAAUGGGUCGCUUCAGCUCCCAGGACCAGAGGAUUCAUCCUUGUUUUCAGCCCCUAAUACUUAAAUAUGAAAGUGCAACAAAUUUGGCUUUUAAAUGGUUUUAAAUAUCAAUGUCACUGAUAAAAGUCGCAUUCAUGGACAAACACAAUGGAUGGCUGGGGAGCCGAGUUCCUUGUGGAUAAAUCUCCUUUACUGCAAUUCAGUUUUGGCAAGCUUGUUCCUGCCUUCAAUUCCUGGGCUGUUUUCAAUAGACUGGAAGCUGGAAUCGUUUUGCUGUGCCGUGGUGCUACAGAGGCCUGACUUCACAUUAACAAAGAGUCACAACAUUGCUGAUGACUGCAAGGAAAAGCUGAGCGAAAAGAACAACCCCCAAACCCAUACCUGCCCAGGUUUACUUUGCCAGGAAGGUAUUUACUUGGGCAGAUAAAUAUAGGACUUUUGUAAAUAUUACAACAUGGACCUCAAAAUCCUCUAUGUACAGUGCCAAAGGAACUGAUCCAGUCUACUGGGAUGGAUUAAUGAGAUGGGACUGCAACAGAUUCAACUAUCAUCCAAGAUUUUAUUCGCUGAACAAUUUAAAAUUUAAAUUGGGGAACUAUCUUUUACCUGUUAGUCAUACCCCAUGGAACUUUUAACAAUUUAGUCACAUCAGAACCAAAAACUAAAAUGCUUUUUUUAUGGAGUGCAUAUCUCUGAGGUUUUCUUAAAAGUAUAUUUUUUCUUCUGUGUUUAAAGUUGAAAACACUUUUGAGGUUAUUUCUCUACAAGCUCCAGCUAUUUUUCUUCAAAUAAUAGUUAAACAUCAGUUAGAUCAGAUGGAACAUAUGAGAUAAUAUUGUUUUAGCCAUGGAUAACCAACUGGAUUUAGGUCUUGGCUUUCAGUGGGCCAUUCUAAAAGUUAUUUGAUCUAAAUCAGGGGUAUCCUGCAAGUUUUUAGAUUCACCCUUGUGUCAUCACAGCUUAUUCAUAUGCUGCUAUCCUGAUGAUUCACCAAACAGGAAGUGUGUUCAGUGUGAUAUGCAGUGUCAGUGUUCGGCCACUUAAUGCUACGUAGGUUACAAAGUUCUCCUACUCGCUGUCCUAUAGCACAGCGGUCCCCAACCACCGGGCCGCGACUGGUACCGGUCCGUCAGUCUUUUGGUACCGGGCCGCACAGAAAAAAGCAUAUAUAUAUAUAUAU